UUGUUCUAUUCAUUCAUUCGUUCAGCGGUCCUGUCAAAAACUUGUUGAUUUGAUUUUGAUUUCAUUGUUGUUAUUAGUUUCGUACCAAAAUAACUAUAAUUUUCUUGUUCUUGACUCUCAGUGAUCACCAUUAGAUUUCACACUUUCAAUUCCGCAUAAAAUUAGGAUGGCUACUACUGCAUCAGCCUCCACAGCAGCUGUAGACGAAGACUUGGACGAGUGUGGACCCCAACUUAUAACUAAGUUAGAGGGCAAUGGAAUAACAUCUGGAGACAUAAAGAAGCUAGAAGAAGCUGGGUAUCAUACAGUGGAAUCGGUAGCAUAUGCUCCCAAGAAGUGGCUCAUAACAAUAAAAGGCAUAUCUGAAGCUAAAGCUGACAAAAUUUUGAGUGAAGCUUCCAAACUUGUACCAAUGGGCUUCACAACUGCUACUGAAUUCCACCAAAAAAGGGCUGAAAUAAUCCAGCUAACAACAGGUUCUAAAGAGCUGGACCGGCUGUUAGGAGGUGGUAUUGAAACAGGGUCCAUUACUGAAAUAUUUGGUGAAUUCCGAACUGGGAAAACUCAAAUAUGCCACACUUUAGCUGUUACAUGUCAGCUGCCAAUCGAGCAAUCCGGCGGCGAAGGCAAGUGCAUGUACAUAGACACAGAAGGCACAUUCCGCCCCGAGCGCCUUCUAGCCGUGGCCCAGCGCUACGGCAUGGAGGGCGCCGCCGUGCUGGACAAUGUGGCGUACGCGCGCGCCUACAACACCGACCACCAGACGCAGCUGCUGGUGCAGGCCUGCGCCAUGAUGGCCGAGUCCAGGUAUUCGCUGAUCAUAGUGGACAGCGCGACGGCGCUGUACCGCACGGACUACUCGGGCCGCGGGGAGCUCAACUCGCGGCAGCUGCACCUCGGCCGCUUCAUGAGGAUGCUGCUCAGGCUCGCUGAUGAGUUCGGAGUGGCAGUGAUAAUAACGAACCAGGUGGUAGCCAACGUGGACAACGUGGGGGUGUUCAACGCCGACACCAAGAAGCCAGUCGGGGGGCACAUCAUGGCACACGCGUCCACCACUCGCCUCUAUCUACGCAAGGGUAGGGGCGACAAUCGAGUGUGCAAGAUCUACGAUAGCCCCUGUCUGCCUGAGACGGAGGCCAUGUUUGCUAUCAGUACUGAGGGAAUCACUGAUGCUAAAGAGUAGGAAUUGUGACUGACCUGAAAAUUUCUUUGAAGAUGUGUAAAAAGGUUAAUUAUAAUUGCAGAGGUUCCAUAGAGUGAUUGAUGAAACUUUUGUAUUCGAAGUAUUGACCGCAGUUGCCUUAUAAGAAUGUUUGAAUAAGUGUAAAUAAUUUAGGUCUUAAGUUUUCUUAUUGUAAAAAUAAAUGCAUUUAA